AAUCUGAUGUUUUUCAAAAUAUUGAACAUAUAAAUGGAAUAUCAGUUUUUAUCCCACAAGGUUACUCACCAAUUCUUAUAAGUGAAGAUGCUACAAAGAAAUUAAAAACAAUCAAGGAAUUGCCAGAACUAAAUAUACAUGUUCCAGCCUUGAUCUUUAAUCCUGUAAAAUAUCUAUUAAACGUCUUUAUAUUAUAUUGA